AGACCUCUCUGGGAACCGGCUCACCACUCUGUCAUGGCAACUCUUCCAGACUCUACGCCUCUUUGAACUGAGACUAGAGGGAAACGUUUUUAACUGCAGCUGCGACAUCCGCUGGAUCCAGCUCUGGCAGGAGAAGGGUGAGGCGAACCUGCAGUAUCAGCGGCUCUACUGCAUGAACAUGGACGCAGCCAGCAUCCCUUUGCAGGAGAUGAACAUCACUCAGUGUGACCUCCCCGAGAUCAGCGUGAGCCAUGUGAACCUGACGGUGCGGGAAGGGGAGAAUGCUGUCAUUACCUGCAACGGCUCGGGCUCGCCACUGCCUGACGUCGACUGGACGGUGGCUGACCUUCACUCCAUCAACACGCAUCAGACCAACCUCAACUGGACCAAUGUUCAUGCCAUCAAUUUGACCUUGGUGAAUGUCACCAGUGAGGACAAUGGGUUCCUGCUUACCUGCAUUGCUGAGAAUGUGGUGGGGAUGAGCAAUGCCAGUGUGCUGCUCACCGUCUACUAUCCCCCUCGCAUCCUAACCCUGGAGGAGCCGGUGCUACACCUGGAGCACUGCAUUGCAUUUGCAGUGCAUGGGAACCCAGCUCCCACCCUUCACUGGCUGCACAACGGCCAGGUCCUCCGGGAGACAGAGAUCAUCCACAUGGAGUUUUACCAACAAGGGGAAGUGUCUGAGGGUUGCCUGCUUUUCAACAAACCCACUCACUACAACAAUGGCAACUACACAAUUGUGGCCACCAACCAGCUGGGCUCAGCCAACCAAACCAUCAAAGGACACUUUCUUGAAAAGCCCUUUCCAGAGAGCACGGACAACUUUGUCUCAAUCGGUGACUAUGAAGUGAGUCCCACCCCACCGAUCACUGUGACCCACAAACCGGAGGAGGACACUUUUGGGGUUUCCAUAGCGGUUGGGCUGGCAGCUUUUGCUUGUGUCCUCCUGGUCGUCCUCUUUAUUAUGAUCAACAAGUAUGGUCGGCGGUCCAAGUUUGGGAUGAAAGGUCCUGUGGCGGUGAUCAGCGGAGAGGAGGAUUCAGCCAGUCCCCUCCACCACAUCAACCACGGCAUCACGACGCCCUCGUCCCUGGACGCUGGCCCAGACACGGUGGUGAUCGGCAUGACCCGCAUUCCCGUCAUCGAGAACCCUCAGUACUUCCGACAAGGUCACAACUGCCACAAGCCAGACACGUAUGUCCAGCAUAUUAAGAGGAGAGACAUCGUUUUGAAGAGGGAGCUGGGAGAAGGUGCCUUUGGAAAGGUGUUCUUGGCAGAGUGUUACAACCUCAGCCCCACCAACGACAAAAUGCUGGUGGCAGUGAAGGCGCUGAAGGACCCCACCUUGGCAGCCCGCAAGGAUUUCCAGAGGGAGGCAGAGCUGCUCACCAACCUGCAGCACGAGCACAUCGUCAAGUUUUACGGUGUGUGCGGUGAUGGCGACCCACUCAUCAUGGUCUUUGAGUACAUGAAGCACGGGGACCUGAACAAGUUCCUGAGGGCACAUGGCCCAGAUGCUAUGAUCCUCGUGGAUGGGCAGCCUCGACAAGCCAAAGGGGAGCUAGGGCUAUCCCAGAUGCUCCACAUCGCUAGCCAGAUCGCCUCUGGAAUGGUGUACCUUGCCUCCCAGCACUUUGUCCAUAGAGACCUGGCCACCAGGAACUGCUUGGUCGGAGCCAACCUGCUGGUGAAGAUUGGAGACUUUGGGAUGUCCAGAGAUGUCUACAGCACUGAUUACUACAGGGAAGGGCCGCGUCCGAAGGGCCAGUUCAGCGCAGCGUGGCAGCGACAGAGAACAGCUGCAACAGUUGGAGGACACACCAUGCUGCCUAUCCGCUGGAUGCCUCCGGAGAGCAUCAUGUACAGGAAAUUCACAACAGAGAGUGACGUCUGGAGCUUCGGGGUGAUCCUCUGGGAGAUCUUCACGUAUGGGAAGCAGCCCUGGUUUCAACUCUCAAACACAGAGGUCAUUGAGUGCAUUACUCAAGGCCGAGUUUUGGAAAGGCCUCGAGUCUGCCCCAAGGAGGUUUACGACAUCAUGUUGGGCUGCUGGCAGAGAGAACCUCAGCAACGGCUCAACAUCAAGGAGAUCUACAAGAUCCUUCACGCUCUGGGCAAGGCCACACCAAUCUACCUGGACAUCCUUGGCUAGCAGUGGCCACUUGUUGAAAGCCCCUGCUCCUUCCUUCCGUCCUUCCUUCCCUCUCCCCCUCCCAAGUCCUUUGCCCCUCAGCUCCCAAGCAAACAUCUUCAUAUAAACUCAAGUGCCUGCUACACAUACAACACUGAAAAAAAAAAAACAAAACAAAAAGCAAACCAACAAAAAUCCCACAAAACAACAACCUGUAAGGCAGUUUGGCUUAUAUAUAUUUAUAGAUAUCUGUCUAUAUAUAACUUCCACACCAAUACAGAAAGAAGCUGCUGUUACAGAGAAUUAUAAGACUUAAAAAAAAAAAAAAGAAACAUAAAAGGGAGAAAAAAGUACUUAAAAAGAUAUAUAUAAUUAAAAAAAAAAAAAAAAAA